AUGCAUUUUAAUGAUUUGCCUAAUGAAAUUAUUCUCAUGAUUUGUCGUUUUUUGUCUCCCAUACAAGUAAUCAACGCUUUUCUCAGUUAUGACUUUCGUAUGUUUUCUUGUAUAACCGAAUAUCAUCUAACGAUCGAUUUAUCCAAAUGUUCUUAUACGGAUCUUCAAGUUUAUCUAAAUCUAUUGGUUACUAAACGUAUUCAACCGUUGACUCUAACGAUAAGCAAUGUUUCUAUGCCCACACAAAUUAAAAUCUUUUUCGAUGCAUUUAGUUCAAUACUCAAUUUUCGUUUUAACCAUGUUCACCAAUUGUCACUACUCGAAUGCACCACUUCGGAUAUCUCAAAUUUAGAAUUUGAUCUAAGAAGAUUCGAGUUAUUACGAUCUUUACGUAUCGUCAAAGCUGAAUGGAAUAAUAAUGGCUCGUCAAUUGAUUAUUCGAAAAUCGAAUACAUGCGCAAUUUAUUGUUCAAUAAUAAUUUGAAUUCUCUUACAGAACUUGAAUUGAGUAUAAGAGAAGGCAUCGUUCUCGAUAAACAACAACGUCCGAAACUAAAUCUCAAACGACUCACCAUUACAUUGCAGACAGUUGACGAUCUGUUUAUAUUGUUCGAUGGUCUAACGCCUAAUUUGAUCUUUCUGAAUGUUACUAUACGCCUAUCUACUGCAUGUAAACGAUCAUCAAUACCACGAUUUUGGCCACAACAAUUAAUGUCACAUUUGAUUGAAUUUCAAAUAACGACCGAUCAAAAAGUGGCACUUACAUUGGAUCAUUUACGUGGAAUUGUAAUGUCUCUAGCUGGAGUCGAGAAAUUCGUAAUCGAUGUAAAACAGUGGGUUAGUAAAGAUCAAAAAUUCAUAGAAGGCAAUCAAAUGGAGAUGUUAUUUUCUGAAUUCAUGCCUCAACUUCGUCAUUUUCAUUGUUUCAUUAAGACAGCGUAUGCUAUCAAUAUCCAGACUUUUGCGACGCUCAGCAAACGUUGGCCUCUAACGUGUAAACCGAAAUUGAACCGUUCCGAUAACUAUUUGUACACGAUUCCAUGGUCAUUUGAACAACUUGACGUAUCGCUAUUAGCUGAUGAUGAUACGAUUAGUAUUUGUCCAAAUGUUCGAUAUUUAACUGUCGAUGUGCCGUGCACAAAUGUAUCACGACGUUUUCCAAAUAUUCGCAUGCUCAAUGUUCUAUCCAAAUGCAAUGUUUCUUCUGAUGAUAAUAUGAAAUUUCCUCGACUUCGUCAUUUGACAGCAGCCGAUGUUAAAAUAGUUUCGUUACUUUCAAUCAAAAAUAUUCAGAUGCUAACAUUAUUUGACCAAUUCACAUUAUUGAAAAGUUCAACUAUUUAUUCCAAUGUAUUACAUUUGAUCUUAGAAAAUAAUAGAAUUGCAUCAUUGGAGGCUGUCAUUGCGCUUGUGCAAUGCUUUCCUAAUCUUCAUUCACUCAAAAUUAAACUUCCAACGACUACUGAAUAUUAUGAUUGUCUCGACAUUCUACUCGAUGGUGUACAUUUGCCAUAUCUAUGGCUUUUCAAAACAAAUUGUAUCACUGAAUUCGACUCUUGUUCGAGCAUAUCCGUAUGGAUAUCUGCCAAGACGCCUUUGAAAUGGAAAUUGACUCCAUUCUACGGACAUCGGAAUUAUAAUACAUUUACUGUUUGUUUAUGA